UUCUCUCUUGUUCCUUUUAAUUUUGGGAUACAUUUCUCUCUACCUUGUCAUGAUUCUUUAGCAUUUCCAAAACUCCCAAAGCCCUAACUAGGCAGGAUGGCCUUGAUUUGGAGCUUCCUCUCCCAUCUUCUCCUCCUUGGCCUCCUGUCUUUCCUCCACCCUUUCACCACCACAGUAGGAAGUAUCCGUGUUGGCACGGUUAUUCGGAAGCCCUCCCCGGAGCUUCCCAUUUUCCGGGAAGCGCCCUCUUUUCGCAAUGGCGAUGGUUGUGGAUCACAGGAGAGUGAUAUUAUCCAUGUUGCCAUGACCCUAGACGUUAAUUAUCUUCGAGGUACAAUGGCUGCAGUGCUCUCAAUGUUACAACAUUCUACGUGCCCUGAAAACCUGUCAUUCCAUUUCCUUUUCGUUCAUUAUGAACCUGAGCUCUUUUCCAGCAUAAACUCGACCUUCCCUUUCUUGAACUUCAAGAUUUAUAGGUUCGAUUCUAAGCGGGUUCAGGGAAAGAUUUCAAGGUCCAUUCGACAAGCUUUGGACCAGCCUUUAAAUUAUGCAAGAAUAUAUCUUGCUGAUAUCAUACCAACCCAUGUGAGACGGGUUAUUUACUUGGAUUCUGAUAUUAUCGUGGUGGAUGAUGUUGCAAAAUUAUGGGAUGUGGAUAUGGAGGAUAAGGUGGUGGCUGCACCAGAAUAUUGCCAUGCAAAUUUCAGUCAGUACUUCACCGAAACAUUUUGGUCGGACCCAGAAAUGGCAAAAACAUUUGAAGGAAGGAUUCCUUGUUAUUUUAACACGGGGGUGAUGGUGGUGGACGUAGAUAAAUGGAGAAAAGGAGAGUAUACACAGAAAGUUGAGGAGUGGAUGGCAGUGCAGAAACAAAAGAGAAUAUAUCAGUUGGGUUCUUUGCCACCAUUUUUGCUUGUUUUUGCUGGAAACAUUAAGGCAGUGGAUCAUAGGUGGAACCAACAUGGGCUAGGUGGUGAUAACUUUGAAGGGAAAUGCAGGAGCCUUCAUCCUGGUCCAAUUAGCCUCCUCCAUUGGAGUGGCAAGGGUAAGCCAUGGCUGAGGUUAGAUUCUAGGAAACCAUGCAUUGUUGAUCAUCUGUGGGCUCCAUAUGAUCUCUACCGUUCAUCAAGACAUUACUUAGAAGAAUAGCCGAAUGAGGAAGAAAAGAAGAAAUGGAAAUGUUGAGGAAGAGAAAAGCGUGAGAUCGUGUCUAUUACGAACUCUAAUUAGGAUCUACAAGGAAGGCUUUUUUUAUAUGUAUGUAUUUUUCCCACAUUGACAAAAUGAUGACUUGAAUGAGACUUGGUGACAAAUGCAAGAACAAGCCUGAAGUAAGGUUUGUUCCAAGCAAGGCAGUGAUUGAGGGUGGGGGUGUGGCAUCCUAUAACUCCCCAUGGCUUCAGCUAGCCUUCAUGCAGUUGAGUUCAAAAUUAAAAUCAUGGAGGGAAAUACCAAGUUGUUGAUUAAUUUUACUUUUUCACUCUUUACUUUUGCCCUUUUUUGCUCUAUCGUUGAUCUUUCAGUUGCUAGGUUUGAAAUUGUAUAUAUACACAUCAUAAACAAAACAAGAUAAUGCAUGUCACCUUUUGGUUAGGCAUCAAAGGGCUAAUCCAGCAUUAUGCCAGCAUCACUCUUAGCGUGAAACAUUUUAAUGGA